GCUGGUGCACAUUGUUGCCGAUGGGCUCAUCACCUGUUGGGGUUCCCUUUACCUGGAUGGGCACGGCGAAGAGGAGUACAAUCUGUCGCGACCGUUGUACAUCUCGGAAGUGCGCCUGCAACAGCUGACGCAGCUGGUACGAGAGGCGUCCUUCGAUUUCGA